AUGAAUAUUCUCAAAGUGAUGAUGUUUAUGUUUGUGAUGAGUGUGGUGUUGCAGGUUGCUCAUGGACAACACCGUAUCAGAUGCAUUCCAAAGGAGAGGGAAGCCCUCCUUCAAUUCAAGGCUGCCAUUGUCGAUCGUUACGGCAUGCUCUCCUCUUGGACCACUCCCGACUGUUGCCAAUGGGAAGGGAUUCGCUGCACCAACAUCACCGCUCAUAUUAUAAGCCUCCACCUUCCUGCACAGUAUCAGUAUGAAUUUCUUUCUCUUGGCUAUUAUUAUGAAGACCCUUGGCAUUACAUCAGCGGAGAGAUCCACAAGUCGUUAAUGGAGUUGCGAAACUUACAGUAUUUGAACCUCAGUUUCAAUGAUUUUACAGACACUAAUAUUCCAGAGUUUCUUGGCUCUCUUACCAACUUGAAAUAUCUUGAUCUCUCUUCAUGUCAAUUUAGCGGACAAAUUCCAACUCAGAUAAGUUCUCUUUCUCAUUUGAAAUAUUUGAAUCUUGCUCAUAAUUAUUAUUUGGAUGGUUCAAUCCCUCCUCAACUUGGAAAUCUUUCUCGGUUGGAAUAUCUUGAUCUUAGUGGGAAUUAUUUGGAAGGAUACAUUCCUUCCCAACUAGGAAACCUUUCAAAUUUGCAUCAACUCUAUCUUGGAGGAUAUGAUCUCAAAAUUGUCACUAGUGAUCAAUGGUUAUCUAAUCUUGCUUCUUUAACCCAUCUUUACUUGGAUUCCAUACCUAAUUUUAGAAGUUCUCCUAGUUGGCUUCGAAAGAUUGCCAAGCUACCAAAAAUAAGAGAACUCAGUUUAAUUGGAUGUGGCCUUUCCGAUCAUUUCCUCCUUUCAUUCAACCCUUCCAACUUCAAUUUUUCUACUUCUCUUUCUGUCCUUCAUCUUUCUCAUAACGCCUUCACACAACCAAUGGUAUUCCAGUGGGUGUCAAACACCACUUCCAACCUUGUUGAGCUUGACCUUAGUUGGAACCUCUUGAAGGGUUUGACAUCAAAUCAUUUUGGCUUGGCCAUGAAUUCGCUUGUGCACCUUGACCUCUCCUAUAAUGUGUUCAAGGGUCAAGAUUUGAAAUCAUUCAUGAAUAUAUGCAACCUACGUUCUUUAGACAUAUCUGAAAACAAUAUGACUGAAGACCUUUCGUCAAUUCUUCAUAAUUUCUCCAGUGGUUGUGUUAGAUACUCAUUACAAAAGUUGAGUUUGACAUCUAAUCAAAUCAUAGGCUCCCUACCUGACCUUUCAAUGUUCUCAUCUUUAAAAACUUUGGAUCUUUCUGAUAAUCAAUUGAGUGGGAAGAUACCUGAAGGCACUAAUUUGCCAGUUCAUUUGGAGCAGUUGUCAGUUAGGUUUAACUCUUUAGAAGGUGGUGUUCCAAAAUCAUUUGGAAGCACAUGUACUUUGGAAUUAUUGGAUUUUUCUUUCAAUAAUUUGAGUGAAGAUCUCGCAGUGAUAUUUAAUCAUUUGUCUGGAUGUUCUAGAUACUCAUUGCGAGAACUAUAUCUCGGUCAAAAUAAAUUNAAUGGCACAUUACCUGAUUUUUCAAUAUUUUCAAAGUUGGAAACGUUGGAUCUAUCAGACAAUCGAUUAAAGGAUGGAGUUCAAAAAUUACUUCACAAUGAUACUGUUUUGCGUUCAUUGAACCUAUUUAAUAACAGUUUGAGUGAAAAUCUUUCAGCAAUAAUACAUCACUUAUCCCCAUCGUUGCAAAAUUUAAAUCUAGGCAUGAAUCAAAUUAGUGGUACUUUGCCUAGCAACCUCGCAAUAAUGUUCCCAUCUUUAAAACAAUUAUUGCUUGAUAGUAACAAGCUAAAUGGGACAAUUUUUGAAGAUCUUCGAUUUCCCACAGAACUUGAGGUAUUAUCCUUGAUGUCAAACUCUUUGAAAGGUGUAUUAACCGACUCUCAUUUUUAUAAUAUGACAAAGUUAAAGAGCCUGAUAUUGUCAGAUAACUCAUUGACGUUAAAAGUUAGUGAAAAUUGGGCUUCAACCUUUCAAUUGGAUACUAUUGAAUUGAGGUCUUGCAAGCUUGGUCCAUUGUUUCCCAAAUGGCUAGAGAAACAAAAUGAAUUUCAAAAACUUGACAUUUCAAAUAAUGGAAUAUCAGGUACUGUUCCAAAAUGGUUUUGGGCUAAAUUUGGAUUGUUAGAUUGGAUGAGUAUUAAUAUUUCAUGUAAUAAUUUACAAGGGACGAUUCCAAAUUUGCCAAUAGAGAAUCACUAUUAUUCUCUUAGUCUUGCAUCAAAUAAAUUUGAAGGUCAUGUUCCACCAUUUUUAAGAGGCUCAACAUUUCUUGAUCUGUCAAACAAUAAAUUCACAAAUUCUUUUUCGUUUUUAUGCUCUGGUGGUGUAACUGAAUCUUUAUACCAAUUAGACCUUUCAAAUAAUAAGUUUUCUGGACAAAUUCCAAAUUGUUGGACCCAGUUCAAGUCGUUGACUUACUUAAAUAUGAGUCAGAACAAGUUUUCAGGAGAGAUUCCUUCUUCAGUAGGAUCACUCCAUAAACUUCAAGUAUUGUUAUUGAAAAGCAAUAACUUAGUAGGUAAAAUCCCUUUCUCCUUAAGGAACUGCACAGAGUUGGUGAUGGUAGAUAUAACAGAAAAUAGAUUAUCAGGAUAUAUUCCAAAUUGGAUUGGGAAGGAAUUAUCAAAGUUGCAAUUUUUAAGCUUGAGAAGGAAUUAUUUGAAUGGAAGUUUACCAUUGCAAAUUUGUUAUCUAAGAAGAAUUCAACUCUUAGAUCUCUCGCUAAACAACAUAUCUGGACAAAUUCCUAAAUGCAUAAAACAUUUUUCCUCGAUGGUUCGAAUGACUUCCUUGACAGAUUAUGAAGGUCAUCGAUAUUUGGUUAUAACUAAUUAUAUUAUAAGUAAACCUUCAUACAAUUUGAAUGCAUUCUUGAUGUGGAAAGGUUCAGAACGAAUGUUCACAAACAGGGGAUUAUCACUUUUAAAUAGCAUUGAUCUCUCAAGCAAUCAAUUCUCAGGAGGAAUUCCAAAAGAAAUAGAGGGUUUAUUUGGAUUGGUUUCAUUGAAUUUAUCAAGAAAUCAACUCACAGGAAAAAUUCCUUCAAAUGUUGGAGAGUUAAUAUCGCUUGAAUUUCUUGAUUUGUCACGAAACCAACUUGUUGGUUCUAUUCCUUCCAGUCUUGCUCAAAUUGACCGACUCACUGAAUUAGAUUUGUCACAUAAUUAUUUAUCUGGAAAAAUUCCAACUGGCACACAAUUACAGAGUUUCAAUGCAUCCAAAUAUGAAGAUAAUGUUGAUCUUUGUGGACCACCAUUAAAGAAAUCGUGUGCUGAUGGAGAAGCAAGACAACAACCAAUUGUUAAAUUUCAUAAGGAGGACAAUUUGAUUUUCAGUCGGGAAUAUUAUAUAAGUAUGACAAUUGGAUUUGCUAUAAGCUUUUGGGGAGUGUUUGGCUCAAUCUUAAUAAUACCUUCUUGGCGUCAUGCAUAUUUCAACUUCUUAAAUAAUUUGGGAGACGCUCUUUAUGUCAUGACAACAGUGAAAGUUUUCAAGAUUUGGUACAAAAUAAAGCAGGUGUUUUUGGAGUUUCUUGAGCUAAGAGUUCAUCUUCUGAAAGUCCUAGAGACGCGUAAGUCAGCAUUGCAGAAAGAGCAAGGCAUGGCAUUUGCUCGUGCUAUUACUGCUGGUUUUGAUGAGGAUCAUAUACCGCCUUUGAUGUCAUUUGCUGAAUAA